UUAGCCAACGUUACACCUAUUUGAAAAUAUUAAUAUCAUGAAGUCAGGGGAAAGAGGCAGCAAUUGAUUUUAAAGAUGAGAUCGAUCUAUAUAGUGCUCAUAUUAUGUUGUUUGUUUGAUUCGAUUACCUCGCAAAACCCCAAAUGUUUCAUAAAGACCUCUUUUGUGGGAAAGUGCAAGGGUUUUUCCUUCAUACCGAGAAAGCGUAGAUGUGUAAGGAUAACUGGUCCCUGCUCCGGAAGAGGAAACUUUUUCAAACACUUAAUGGACUGCCAGGCCAAUUGUAUAGAUUUCGAUUAACAUAGCCUUUAAUCUAUCUAUACUUUGUGAUUUUAAUAAAACUCAAAAUCAAUUCCUGUUGAAA